AUGGCUAAAAGAAAAAGUAAACAUCAAGAUUUAGAAAAGAAGAAGAAACUUAAACAAAGUCAAGAUGAACAAUUAUCUACAGGAUUGUUUAAUAAUGUGGGACAACAUGAUGAUGAAGAAGAAGAAGAAAUAGAUUGGGAUAAUCAAGAGAUGGAUUAUGAAUUAGUGCCACGGAAAAUCACUACAAAGAAAACAAUUGAAGCAUUACCAAUUAAGAAGUCCGAUGGGACAAUAGAAAGAGUUAUUAGAGAAGUUGAAGAAGAAGAAGAAGACGAAGUACAAGAAGAACUGGAAUCAGAAACUGAAUUACAAAACUCAAAUGAUGGACAAUCAAAAGAAGACGCUGAUGAUGAUGAUGAAGAAGAAGAAGAAGAAGAAGACACAUUAACACCACAAGAAAAAUUGAUUCAAACAAAAGAAGAAAUUGCCGAAUUGGCAUCAAAAUUGAUUGAAGAUCCUGAAGAAAAUAUUGCUUGUCUUACUAGAUUACGGAAAAUGUCUGAAUCGAAAAAUUUCAUGACAUCUCAAUUAUCUAUAUUAGCAUUAAUACCAAUUUUUAAAUCACUUGCACCAUCAUAUAAAAUAAGACCAUUAACUGAUUCUGAAAAAAGAGAGAAAGUUAGUCGAGAAGUGGCCAAAUUAAGAAGUUUUGAACAAAGUUUAGUAAUUAAUUAUAAGGCAUAUAUUGAAUUAUUAUCAAAAUAUCUGAAAGUAUCAUAUUCUAAUUCUAUGAAUAAUAUUAAAAUAACUAGUGAUAUGUUAAAACGAGGGAAUAUUGCUUUAAAAGCUGCAACUGAACUUUGUUUAAGUUCUUUAAGACAUUUCAAUUUCCGAGAGGAAUUAUUUGCUAUUGUAAUUAAACGAUUAAAUAAAAAGCCUCAACAUGAACAAGAUUAUCCAAUAUUUAUUAAAUCAUUAAGAGUUUUAGAGACUUUAUUGAAAGAUGAUGCUGAACAUGGAGAUAUUACAUUUGAUUUAAUAAAAAUCAUGACCAAAUCAAUUAGAGAUAAAAAAUUUCGAGUUGAUGAAUCAGUUAUUAAUGUUUUCUUAUCAAUUUCAUUAUUAGAAGAUUAUGAUCCCAAUAAUAAUGAUAACAAAGAAAGCAAACCAAAAUUGAAGAAGAAAGAUCGAGUCCAUUUAUCUAAAAAAGAACGUAAAGCUCGUAAAGAACGGAAAGAAAUUGAAGAAGAAAUGCAAAAGGCAGAACAAGCCAUCACAGUUGAACAACGAGAAAAAUAUCAAGCUCAAGUAUUAAAAAUGAUAUUAACAUUAUACCUUGAAAUAUUAAAAGCUGGUUCACAAUUGACUAAUGGUAAAAAAAAUGAUGCUAGUUUAUUAAUGGGGGCAGUAUUAGAAGGAUUAUCAAGAUUUGGUCAAAUGUCUAAUUUGGAUUUAUUAGGGGAUUUCUUGGAAGUGUUACGAGAAAUUAUGACUGAUAUUGUUGAAGAGCAUUCAUUUGAUGAUGAUGAAGAUAAUGAAGGAGGUGGGAUGUAUACUGGGAAUCAAUUGAGAACAAUAUUAUUAUGUAUUGCCACUUCAUUUUCAUUAGUGUUGAAUCAUGGUUCUAUGGGGAAAUUACCUAUGGCAAUAGAUUUAAGUAAAUUUGUUUCAACAUUAUAUAUAAUAUUAACAGAUUUGGCCUUAGACCCUGAUUUGGAAUUUAGUCAUAAAACAUUAAGAUUAGCUGAUCCUUUAUCUAAUGAAAUGGAAAAUGAAAAACCAGCAAUUAAUGUUUCUACUAAAGCUGAAUUAUUAUUAAGAUGUCUUGAUUUUAUUUUCUUCCGAUCAAAAAAUGGUACUAUACCUCGGGCCACAGCAUUUGUGAAACGAUUAUAUAUUCUAACAUUACAAACUCCUGAGAAAACUACUUUGGCCAAUUUAAAAUUUAUUGGUAAAUUAAUGAGUAGAUAUGGUGAAAGUAUUAAAGGAUUAUGGAAUACUGAAGAAAGAAUCAGUGGUGAAGGAAAUUAUAUUUUAGGAAUUGAAAAUGGAAUGAAAAAUAAACAUGUUGAUUUAGAACGAAGUAAUAGUGGAGCAGCAACAUUAUGGGAAAAUGUAUUAUUAGAUAAACAUUAUUCAGUAAUGAUUAAAGAUGGUUCAAGAUCUUUAUUAAAGAAUAGUAAGGCAAAUGUCAAUUAA